CUCACUGAAAACCCGUUCCCUCCUUUUCACCAAUAUCUAGACCGAUGCACUCGCCACAUCGCCGAUAAAACAAUUGCCGGAUGACAAGAGAAAGCCCCUGAAAUACCACGAGACAAAGACUAGAAGACGAAGAAGUGAAGAGAUCAGAUUAAAGUCGAUUUGAAGAGAUAAAUAUGGAUGAGCUCGUUGUGAGACUGAGGGCCUGCCUCACGGCGACGAAGGGUGGAGUUCCCCUGGAGCACUUGAAUAGUGACUUCCGGUCACUCGAGGGUGAGAAUAUCCCUUAUCGUCAACUGGGAUUCGCCAAUCUCGAGGAUUUUCUCGCGCAGGUGCCAGGAUUGCGUCGGUAUCAGAAAGGUGGAGUUGUCUACAUCGAGGUAAUUCCUGGUGAGAACACAGCGCACUUGGUUGCGCUCAUCAACAAGCAGAAAACUUCGAAGAAGCCGCGAAGAAUGCAGAUGACCUCGAGGAGACCCAUUAUCAACGACAACGCGAGAUCGAGGUAUAAUAAUCACCAGGUGUUGCCACCUCAGUCCCCCAGGAGGUCCUUCCAGCCGCAAAAAUCUGGAAAUCCACCGAGAUUCAAUCCUCAAGUAAUUAAAAAUCAGAAUCAAGAGCCUCUGAAGUCAUGGCCUCCAAGAGCAGCGAAUCCAGCAGCUCAGCGAGUUCAGUCAAGGCCUGUGAAUCAGGAGAGGCCUGUCAUAGUCUAUCCUGCAAAGCCUGUGAAUCCUGAGAGAACUGUGACUGUUUAUCCCGCCAAGCCUGUUGCCAAGCCAGAACCACUGAAUGUCCAUCCUCCAAGGGCUGUUGUAAAAUCAGAUGGAAAUUCCAUGAUUUAUUCAUCCGCAGCUUCACCCAGAGGAGAGCCAAUUCCAGUAGUCACAAGACAGCAGAAUCGUCUAGAGGAUCGGUCUCAGAUACAGAAUCCCCAGGCCAAUGGGGAUGUCUCAAGGCCACAUCCCCAAGUUUUCUCAAAUCAUCUCAAUCAGAAUAAUUAUGGAAGAACCUUUGUCAGUCCUCCGCAGACACCGAAAUCAUCUCAACAGAUCCUUUUCAAUGGAGAUUUCGGAUUGAAUGGAUUCAGAGGAGUCAGUGCUGUCCUUGGCGGUGUCACUCAUGCCCCUGUAGGUGAUAAUUCACCUGGAAGUAAUCAGAACGUGAAUAAUGGAGUGUCAAUGCCCUCGUUGGUACCUUUCGAGACAGCGAGCAAUCAAAAAAUACCUCCACCUCUCAAGGUCGUGAGACCAUUGAGUGAGAGACUGAGGAGACCUUCACCAGAGCCUCAGCCCAGUGACAAGAUUUUCCAGGGGAUUAAGACUGAGGCAGUGACUGUUAAAUCUGAAUAUUCCAGUCCUAUUACACCUCCACCCGAGGCUGGUGAUCCCAGGGAGGAGCUCAGGGCUCUUACCCUCAGGCUCAAUCUCAGUGAACCUGCGUACAAGACUGUUAAUGUUGGUAAAGGGGGAAGGGUGAACAUUUUUACGCAGGUGAUGGUGGGAAAACAUAAGUACAGUAGUUAUCCAUUUGAUGCUGCGAGUGAGGUGGAGGCUGCUAAAUUGGCUGCUGUUGCAGCUGUCAAUGCUCUUCACAGGCUUCAUGAGUCACCAGCUAAGAUGAGGAUAACUGAGGACAAGGAGGUGGUUAUCCAGAGAAUAAUUAAAAUUGUCGAUGGGCACCCCAAUGGUGUAUUCAGAGAUCGAUUGCCUGGACUGUAUGAGAAGGAGUUUCACGAGAUGCUGCCUGAUGACUGGGUGGACUACAUCGAGGGUUUCACGGGGCUGGCACUAGAGAAAGGCGUUGACAACUCCAUUAUUGUAUGCAGAAGUGAGCCACAGGUGCACGUGAUGAAAUCUCCUCCACUCUCUCCGAAACGCGAGAAAUGCCUGUACAAACAACCGCUAGAGACUCUAAGGCCUCUGGUACUACCAUCGAGCAAAUUAUGGCCAGUGUAUGUCUCUCAUGUGUCCUCUACCUCAGACGUGUGGAUUCGUCUUCUGGAGGACGAGUACAACGAGAAAUUUUAUGCAAUGUCACAAGAGUUGAGUGUACACUACGCAUCAGUCACAGAACCAGCAGCUUCUGUCGAGAUUCUCAAUCACUACGUAACAAAAAUCAAGGACGAGGCACACAGAGUGAGGGUCGAGGCCCUGGAUCCACUGACAGGUGAUGCCACUAUUUUCUUUGUUGACACGGGGGACAAUGACAUUGUCAACACCUCUAUGCUCUUUCCUCUCGAUAAAAAAUUCUUGGAGGUGCCACCGCAGACUGUCAGAGCCUGUCUAUCAACCCUCGAGGAUAUUGCAGUGUGCGAUACAACGACUGACAUUGCUGAGAGUCAUCUUCUCGACAAAACUUUCUACAUGCAAGUCUUGAGACUCGAUGAGGAUGAAAUUAGUCACGUGGUUGUGGGAGUUUUUUAUGACACGACAAGCGAAAUGGAUGUCAAUGUCAAUGAGAAAAUUUCACUGGAGCUGCAUGAGGCGAUGGAGAUGUCGAAGCCGGAGGCGCAGGUUGGGGUAAAGGGAAAACUUCUCGAAGUGUUUGUAUCACAUAUUGAGAUGAAUGGAGAUGUUUAUCUGAGAGUGAAGAACGAUGGAAUGGCCAUAUUAACUAGUAUGUUGAAUUGCCUGAUGGAAGGAAUUGCAGAGGACGAGGGAAUCCUCGCAAAGGCUGCAGUCGAUGGAAAGAUUGAUCCUGAUCAGAUUUAUCUCGCUCAGAAGCCUAAUGGUGAGUGGGUGAGGGUGGGAGUGUCGUACAGGGGCAACGAAGCUGUCAUGAGGACUGUGGACUCUGGGGAUAUCGUCGAAGUCGAACUGAAGAAACUCCUGAGGCUCCAGGAACUCUCAGACAAUCUUGCCAGGUUUCCAGCUCAAGUUAUCAAAGUUGAGAUGAAUAAUCUGGGGAGGAACAGGUUCACUGAGAGGAUGGCGUCCAGGUUGAGGGAACUCGCUGGGCCUACCGAUAUUCUUCUGUGUAAAGUUGUUCAGCCUCCAGUGUCCAACAGAGUUGCAAUCGUGGAGCUCUUCAAGAGGUCACAGCCAGAUAAUUUACUCAUUUCGAUUAAUGAUACUCUGGACUUGGAACCCAAAAUCGUCAAGUGUGGGGAUGGAAAUAAUAAUGUGAGGAAGAAGAGGCUUGAGAGGAGGGGCAGCAGGAGCAGCGAUGAAUCGUUGAAGGCAUUGAAGAGUCCCACGAUUCCGGGGAUUGGUGAAUUCUUCAACGUCAGUGUUACUAAUCUCACAUCAAGUCCUGAUAAUUUCAUUGUGCAGCCCUUUGAGGAGAAACCUAAACUUGAAGGGAUGAUGAAAGCUCUCCAAGAAGCUUACAAGACCAAUGAUGGAACGAAAAUGAUGAUGAAUGACCUGGAGAAGGGGAAAGUCUGCGCUGUGAAGUAUUACGAUGGAUUCUGGUAUCGUGCAUGCACUAAUCGAGUAUUGGAUGACCAAUCGGUGUCAGUGCAUCUGUGCGAUUUUGGAAAUAUAAAUAUCGUCACAUUGAGUCAGGUGCAACCACUGAGAAGAGAAUUCUACGAUCUACCGUAUCAAGCUAUUAAGGCUAGGCUAGUUGGUAUCCAGCCACUAAACGCGGAUUGGCCUCUAACAACAUGUUUACGAUUCCAAAAAUUAGUCGUGAACAGGAACUUCGUAUCCGUAAUCAGGCGAUUAGAGCACGAUGAUUCGACACCUUCCAAUAUCGUUCUGGGAUUGGAAUUAAUUGAUGUCUCUCUCGAGGACCGGGAUAUCUACAUCCACAAAGUGCUCAUCGAGGAGCGAAGGGCUCUUCCAGAGGCAUCAUAAAUCACUUCAGCUGAAGAUAUUUCUUUUCAUUGUUUAUUCGAAAUAAACAGUAGAAUUAGAUAAUCCGUCUUCUCAACGUGCUGACGACACUUGGUAAAAGCUUUUUCGUUUUUAAACUGCAAUUCAUUCGAGUCGAAAAUUCCACGGAAGAAACUCAGAAACUGAGAAGAUUCCACUUUCUAGUUAAUUACUGGUAAUUAUUCAAUUUUAUAGACUAUGGGAAAAACUUUUAGAAGAGAAAUCGUGGCAUUUUUUUUUUAUUGAAUUCUAAAAUGAAAAUUAACAAGUUGAAGCGGAAAUUAGAAGUUUUAUGUUUUGAUUCUCUCAUUAAGUAAUAAGCAUCAUUCCAUCCUUAAUUGCGAGUCAAGACUUAGUAAAAUUUCAAUUGUGUAUCGUUGUCUUCGAUUGUUUAUUUAUCAAAUACGAAAUUCUGUACUGAACGGCUAGAAUAAGUCUGAAAAAUCAUUCGUUAAUUGCAAAAUUAUCUCUUAAACGAACGGAUUGAGAGAAAAAUAUCAAUAGAUAUUUUUGAUCGACAAAAUUUUCAAAAAUUAUCUCUUGAAUACUUCCCACUCCACUCGUUAUCGAAAUAAUUUCAAUAAUUAACUCAUGAUUAUGAAUUUCUCUACUUAAAAAAUGGAAAAAUCAUAAGAUUAUUCUUUUUUUUGUAAUGCCUAUGGCUGUGCGAAAAGUUGUGAGUUGUGUCGUUGUGUCCAAAGUCUCAGAAUUUGAAGAAUUCAAUUUUGUAAAAUUUCUCUGUGAAGUGAGAGAAAAUUUCCAGUUAUGGCGUGGAAAAUAUUUUUAUUUAUUCCUCAUUCGUGUUUCAUUUUUUAUUUUUCUUUUGACUUUGACUAGACUCGUAUGGGAAAUGAGUAACAUACAUCAUAUUCUGAUCGAUAGCCCUGUAAUCAUAAAAAGAAUAUUUGUUUGGAGGGAUUUCAUGAGUUUAUCACAUGUUCUUCAUUAUUGUUUAAACGUUAGUUGACCAAAUGAUUAGAUUUUAGGGUGAUUAUUUAAUUGGUUUAUAGUUCUGCCAUUUUUUAAGCUCAAAAUGGCAUCUUUUUUAUUUUAUUCGUCUAAUUAUUUAUGUUUUGAGUUCCAAUUAAUUUUAAAUAUUUACGUAGAAAUAAUUAUUUUUGUGGGAGAGUAAAAGAUCCGUCACAACUAAAAUUACAUUCGUCAAUUGAACAAUAUCUUCAUGCUUAAUGCAGUAUUAAUGGAUAAUAACAAUUAUCGAUGUAUUUUGAGUCUGAUUUCUCCACGUGAAUUCCUUUUAUUUGAAAAACAAAAGACUUGAAUGUUUUUAGUUGUGACAUUGUAGCAUUCAUUUGUCAUUCUAAAUGCCUAUUUUUUACUAACAAAAGUUAAUAUAAAUAUAAUAUAUGGAUUAUUACAUAUUAGUUAUAGGGAUAGGCUCACCUUUGAUUUAGGUGCACUGUAAAAUUAUAUGAUAGUUCAAUAAAUACGAU